CGCCGUCCAGCAAACGAAACUAACAUCUCACAACUCAAACCGAAGCGAAGCAUUCAAACCACACACCCACUAAAAACAAACACGAAACAUCCAUCAUGUCGAACGAAGAAAACAAUACGAACAUUGACGAAACGCAGGAGACGGAGCAGCACGAUCCACAGGAAACAAAGUCGGAGAAUACUCCGCAAAAAGAAGACUCGCACGAGAAGGAUUACCAUGAAGUGAAAUCAGUCGGUAAAGGGCACUCAUCUGCACCGAAGCAAAAAACGAAGAUUUCCGAACGCCUCGACGAAGCGGUGAAAGAAAUGAAGGCCAUCAAUCGGAGUUCUGAUUUAGUGCCUCUCAAUCAUCAGUAUGAUGUACUGCGCAAGCGCCUCCGUGCUUUGAUUGUCAAAGCUAAGGAAUUUCAUGCUGCGAAGAUCUUGCUCACACAAAACCGAACAGAGAUGGUCAAACAACUCAGUCUUAUGGCCAAGGGUAGUCCAAUAGACGAAAAAAUUGGCAGCACGGAAAGUCAAGAUUCAUUUGCAACCGUUGACCGCGCAAUUGAAACCAGGGUACAAAGUGAUAUGCAAAAGUUCCAAAGGAACAUUAUUGAUUAUGCUCUAGAAUGGGAGGACAUUGUGACGACCCGCGUCGACUCUGAUCUGAAGGACACGACGAAGCUGAAUGAAAGAUUGAACCAUUAUCAGAAUAAAGUUGAAGGAAUUCGCAAAAAAGUCAACGCGAAGGAAAGCAAGUUAGUUUCUCGCGGAAAGGAUCCUUCGGCGACUCCCACGAAACUUAACCAAAAGCUCGAACGUAAUGAAGCGAAACUGAACCAUGCUUGGAAAGCACACGAAGCAAGUGCAUCUAAGCUUUGUAACUUAAUGGAGGAGGCCACACAGCGCGGUUGGAAAGACCUCUUUCCUUUAGUGAAAGCAGCAAUAGAUUGGCAGGCUGAGACUGCGUCGGGAGAGUACGAUAUUUUUGCCCGCCUUCCUUCAGUGGCGACUGAACUGGCCGACCUUUUCGAAGAGAAGAAUCAGGCUUCAGAGAAAAAUAGCUCAGGUGUUCCACUAGCCACAGAUGAUGAUGGUUCGGGGGAUUCGGACACUACUGGAUCCGCCCCUCACGAUGACACCAGUUUCUCAGGCUCGGAGAUUUCGAACGGCGGAAACUACGCAGAUUCUGGAAGUCCCACUGUGGGAGGACACAAAGGAUCAGAGAGUCCACGACAUGUUGAUUUGACUUGUUAGGUAAAAAUUGUUGUUUGGUUCAUAUGUUUUUAAGUUAUAACAAACGAUUCGAUAACAUGGUUAUAUGCUU